AUGGUCAAGUCAUUUUCCAAGUCGAAGCGUACACCCGUGCGACUGCGGCAUAAAAUCGAGAAGGCUAGUGCCGCAAAGCAGAGGAAACUGAGAAAAGAAUCCAAAAAGAAUCCGCAAUGGAAGUCUCGCUUAAAGAAGGAUCCUGGCAUUCCCAACUUGUUUCCCUUCAAGGAGAAGAUCCUUGAAGAGAUUGAGGAGAAAAAGAGGCAAAAGGCGGAGAACGCGCAGAGACUGAGGGAUGCCGCGAAGGAGAAGAAAAGAGCAGAGAAGGGUGCCACGGCCGAUGAGCCCACCGACGACGAUUUAAUGGAGGAAGACGACGAAGACGACAUGCUCGACGAAGAAAUGGAUGAUGCGGCGGCGGGUGACGGUGCAAAUCCUUUGGCUGCUUUGGUGGCCUCGGCCCAAGCAAGGGCAGCCGAGUUCGACCAGGGCGCGCUCGAAGGCGAUGUCUCCGAUUAUGAUGAGGACCAAGACGACGACGGCGUUCGAGUUUCGGAGACCAUGGCAGUCAAUAACAAAAACCCCGACUCUUCACGGAAGGCUUUCGACAAGAUCUUCAAGCAAGUCCUGGAUGCCGCAGAUGUGAUAUUAUACGUCUUAGAUGCUCGAGACCCCGAAGGCACUCGAUCGCGAGAAGUCGAACGGCAGGUCAUGUCCGCCGAGGGUGGCUCCAAGCGACUGAUCCUCGUGCUGAACAAGAUUGACCUGGUGCCGCCGCCAGUGUUGAAGGGCUGGUUGACCCACUUACGACGAUAUUUCCCCACGAUCCCCCUGCGAGCAUCGACACCUGCAUCCAAUGCGCAGACAUUCGACCACAAGCAGCUCACGCUCAAAGCCACCUCGGAGACCUUGCUCCGCGCUUUGAAGUCAUACGCGGCCUCGAAGCAGCUGAAGCGGUCUGUUUCCGUCGGAGUCAUCGGGUACCCCAAUGUUGGCAAAUCGUCCGUCAUCAACGCUUUGACGUCCCGGUUGAACAAGGGCACGCAGAGUUUCGCUUGUCCUGUCGGUUCGGAGGCUGGUGUGACCACGAGUCUACGAGAAGUCAAGGUGGACAGCAAAUUGAAGAUCCUGGAUUCGCCUGGUAUCGUCUUCCCAUCGACCGUGGACGGUGAGAACAAGCAGGACCGUGAACGACGAAAAGCAGAACACGAAGCACGACUCAUUCUCUUGAACGCCCUUCCACCCCGGCAGAUUUCAGAUCCCAUGCCUGCAGUGAACCUUCUCAUGUCCCGACUCUCUACUUCUGAGGCGCUGUACGAAAAGCUACUCAGCCACUACGGCAUCGUUGCUUUGGGUCCGUUUGCGCAAGGUGACACCAUCACCGAUUUCUUGGUGCAGGUGGCACGGAAGCGAGGCAGGCUGGGUCGAGGCGGUGUCCCGAACCUGAAUGCGGCAGCCAUGACGGUGAUCACGGAUUGGAGGGACGGCAGAAUCCAAGGCUGGGUUGAUCCGCCUGUCCUCAAGGUCGCAGAGGAUGCGGACAUGGUCGAGGAUGAAGACGGAGCCAACGGCAAGGCUCGGGCUCUUGGGGCCGAUCGAAAGGAGAUUGUCAAGGAAUGGGCGGCCGAGUUCAAGCUGGAGGGACUCUGGGGCGACUCGGGCGAUGCGCCAGGGGACAAAGCUGGGAACGAUGCAAUGCAAAUAGAGUCAUGA